UAUGCUUCUUCUCAACAAGAAUAUAUAUCAUGAGUCACGAGGGAGUGUCAGCAUCUGUAAGCACGAUCAACACAUCAGAUAAUAUAAAGGCGGAUGAAAUGUUUGACAAAAGCCAAGAUAAUUUGUGUAAAGUCAAACUUUACCAGUUUUCAUUGACAAGUGAGGAGCCCUGUCGGUUCCUGUGCGAGUGCACAUUCACGAGUGGCAGCACGGUGCAGAUGUGCAAGCAGAAACUCUUGCCAGGCCUCAGGCAAAGCCUCGAUCCACAGCUCACCACAGAAAGGUUUUGGCUGAGGAGCAAAAUGGGACUGAAGCCGGGAACCAUAUUCCUGGAAAGUGACGUCUUUGGGAAAAAUAUAAUUUUGAUGGAGGAUCGUGAGUUCUUCCUGGAGCUUUGGACCGGGCCUGCCAAACGGAAGGACAGCGUUCUCAACCUCAUGCUGCUGGUCAGGAGGUGGAGACCCUCCAUCCUCCAGCUUGAGCCGAUCCAAGAGGCACUCGCUGUUCAAGUGGGAGAUGUGGACGCACUCAAGAAACAGAUCAGUAACCUCAGUGAAAUACAGCACGAAGAUAUACAGCUGGUCAUGCUGAAGGAUGUGGCGAGCUCCCUGGACGGGCAAGGAGCUGUCGCCCUGCAGCAGCUCGGCUGGGCUGGCGACCUGCACAACCUGAGCGACUGGGACGAUGGAGAUCUCGUUCUGUACAGGGACAAGACGGAGCACCUUCCCAGCCGGAUUGACAAGCACGCGGAUGAACUGUUACUCAAGGAGAUGCGUUACACAAAGCAGAUAUUCCUUCCAGAAAACACCCAGAAUGAGCAGAGAGUACACGAGUGCACCGUGAACUUCCACCUCCUGGAGGGUGGCCAUCUGCAGAUGCAGCUGGGCAGUCUGAUGCACAGCUGCCUGCUGAGUGAGGGAACCACAGUGGCGCAGGUCAAAGAGCAGCUGCUGCCCUCUUUGCGAGUUCAGGGCUUCCACCACCUCACAGGCGACAGCUUCUGUCUGUGCAAGAAGAAUGGGGAGAUCCUUGUCGAUUACGAGGUGUUUGGCCGUUCCGUGUGCCUCUGGAAUGACCGGGAUUUCUAUAUCGAGAUUGUCUCUGACCCUUCCAAGCUGAAGCGCAGUGUGCUGCAGGUGCGUCUGCACUUGGGCUCGGUGCAGCCAGCAGAUAGGGUGCCAGGUCCCUUCCAGGACCUCCUGUGGGAUAUCCAUAGCAUGCACAAGCUACCUGGCAAGAUCAGUGACUUGAGCGGAAUUCCUAAGGAGAACCUAAUAUUUUCGUACUUGAAGGGGUUGCAUCCAUUUGAAAGCCUCAGCCAAGAGGUGGUGGCACGGCUCAGCUGGAUUCAGGGGUUUGAGGACUUGGCUACACACAUGGAUGAUGGUGACAUCAUUUUAUACAAAGAUAAACAGAGAUGCUGAAUGGAUGAUGUGACAUGGAAGAUACCAAGCUGGGGCUAAAGGAACUUCAUUUUCAAAUGUUAUAUGUUGUUAAUACUAAUACAGGUACUAUGGCAUUUACAUUAUGAGACCUCCUUUGAUAUAGUAAUAGGUUUUACCCUUUUGGCGUCAUCUGGUCCAACACCAGUGGAGACUAGGCUGUAAGAAAAGCCGUCUCGGGUGUGGACCAAUCAAAUUC